UAUUACCUUCUUUUUUUUUUCUUCUUUUUUUUUCUUUCUAUUUAAACACUUCAAACAAUUGAGAAGAAAACCAGUUAGUCUGAGCUUUACAUAUCAUAUUCUUCUCCCCAGUUUCUCCUGUGAUGGGCCGAGGCUGGGCAGACCAUCUUUGCCCUCCUACCCAUGUUGCCACCAGAUCUUGUCAUCCUUACUACUCUUUGUCAAAAUUAUCAACCGUCUCCCAACAUCUUCAGGGGCUCUCCGGUCCACCGAGAGACCCCGCCGGCGGCCAAGGAAUCGGCGAUUGGUACAAUGACCAGAAUGACCUCCCCCGCGCCGGCGCAUAGAAACGUACAUAAAAACACAACCAACGCAGCCACCGAGUAAGCCGGCUCGUCUGGCCUCCAGAGGCCCGAGAGGCCGAGAAAUAUAAUCUGCGAGGGCAAGGAAAUGAUGAUGGUGAAAGCGAGGGCGUAAACUCGAAUCCUGAGCGACUUGUUGAUGACCAUGGAGGCGACUUUCCAGCAAGAGAACAAGAAACAGAGCAUGUAGCCGAUCCCGAAGCCAGAGAAGGCAAUGGAACUCAAGAGUGGGUAGGCGCACAAGACGGUGGCAUUGUCAAAACCGUCCUGUAUAACGAGAUAGCUCUGAUUGAAGGCGGGGGGCAGUUCGUCCUUGAAGGGGGUGUAAAAGACGAUGAAAAGGUGGAGGAAGAAAAUGGGCAUGGAGACGAGGAGAAGGAAGGCAAUAGCUCCAUAGUCGUGAGGGGUCCUGUUCUUGGCGGACGCAUUGAUGAGGUAGAGAAGGGUAGUGAGAAAACAGGGCUGGAAAAGGCCGAGGGAGAAGAGGGCAUGGAGUUGGCAGAGGGUGGAUUGGUGGAGGGAGGUCAGGGAGGGGAGGAAGGGGUAGAGAUAGCGGCGGCGGAAGAAGGAGAGGCGGAGGAGCUCGUUGAGGGCCCAUGAUGCAAUGAAGGCGACGAGGAGGAAACGGACGGUCCAGAGAGAAUUGAAACGCUGGAGAUGGUGGGAGGUGCGGGACUUGAGAUGGAGGUGGAAGAUGAAGGAGAGGGAGAGGAGAGAGAGGAGGAGGAUAAUGGCGAUGAAGGAGAUGGUGGUGAGAUCGAAGGUCGCAGGAUCCAAGAAAGAGAGAGGAGCAAUGAAGAACAUCGAUUUUUGUCCGUCGCCCCUGGGGUGAGGUGGGGAAGGGACUUCUCCCCUCGCGCGCACGCACGCACGCACGCAGGGGCGCGCGGGCAGCAAACGGCAACGAACAACGUACAAAAACAAGGAUGGCUAAUUAAAAGAGAAGGACUGCAAUGGGCAAUGGUAUGGGUGGCCGCAGGGGAGGAGGGGGAGACGGCGGACGUAGCAGCACCGAAAGGCUGAGAAAAUGCAUGGAAUAAAGGUGGGGUGAAUGAGGGGGGAGGAGGGCAUCCGGCAACUGGAAAUGCAAAUUUCGAAGUCAAAAACUCAAAAUUCAAAUUCAGUAAUUAAUUGCUCGUCUUCUCUUUCUCCUGUCUCCCCCACUCCCUAUUCUGAACCCGCGGGAAAACAGGUUGUUAUCAUAAAAUCCCAUUUUAGAUAAAAGGAUGGAAAUGGAACGAACACAUUAUCAUUAUUAUUAGAAGGUGCUUCAUAGUCCACACACACACCCUUCCCCCCACCAUCUCCCUCUCAGCACCUCAUUUCCUCCCCCUUUCUUCUCCUCUUUGCAUUCCCUUUUUCAAAACAACACCAAAUCUUUCCUUCUCAAUUUUAGGUAAUAUCAAAACCCUUCUAAACCAAUCACUAACUUGCCUCCAGAUUCCCCAACUCCCCACCAAACUUCAGUACCUUUCUCCGUCCUUUUUUCUUUUUCCGGAGUUUUUCACAAACCCCAGCUUCCCACUCACACACUUCGUAGCUUCAACUUUUCAACCAACCCAAGGGCCGUGGCGUGCAAGCAUUGCCCUUCUAUGUGUGCAUAAACAGGAAAGACAUUGAAUUCCAUCGCUUCGUGUCCUGCCAUCCAUCUCCAGCCCAACAAAACACCAGCCGAAAGCCAAAGCCAAUCGCUUUUUCCUGCCAACCAACUGCUCCCUCCGUAAACACGAUCUGGGGGCCACAGCCACAGCCACAGCCAAAGCCAAUACCAGCUCUUUCUGGCAAGCCCUACCUUCCCCAAAGCUUAUCUUCUCUUCACGAAGUUUAUUUGAUUGACCAUUUUCUUAACGCACUUUAUCUCAACUUUUGUUGCCCACAGCCACAUAUUAUCCUUCAAAACUAAAAUUAGAGGCUCUGAUUGAAACCAUGACUAUGAUAUUUUUGUAAAAGAGCAGAUAUGUGUGGCUAUGUAAAAGAAAAGGUGUUGAAUGCAUUCCAGGUUAGCUAGGGGAUAAGCAUGCAGUGUAGUGCUUUUUGACACUAACCAAGCCUUUAUAGCAAAAGCGUUUCAACAAGAAGGAAAAAAUGCUGUAGAGGGUUGUGGUCUCCUUAGUUUUGAAGCUGAAAAGGGAAAAUGGAUGCAGAUAAGCACUAGGGAUGGACUGGAAAAAGCCACACGUUAGCGAACUCCAUUGGAGAAUGAAUGGACAAAAGUUAUGGAGAGAGAGGAGUAUUUCAUACUACCAAAUUUUGAGACCGCAGCAGUAGCCUCUUCACAGACAUGUUCAACUCCUAGGAGGAGGAGGAGGAGGAGGAAGAAGAAAACCAACAACAUGAACAAAAGAAGGUUUAGUGAUGAACAAAUCAGGUCACUGGAGUCCAUAUUUUACUCAUCGGAUUCAAAGCUCGAUUCCAGGAAGAAGGUGCAGCUUGCAACAGAGUUGGGACUGCAACCUCGCCAAAUUGCUAUAUGGUUUCAGAAUAGAAGGGCAAGAUGGAAGUCCAAGGAGAUGGAGAACAAUUUCAGGAGCCUCAGAGCUAAUUAUGACAAUCUAGCAUCUCAGUUUAAAACAUUACAGGAAGAGAAGAACUCCUUGCUCUCACAGUUGCAGAAGCUAAGCGAGCUUGUUCACGAAGGACCUCGUGAGGGCCAUUAUUCCAAUGAGAUUGCAGAAACCAUCUACGAGACAAAAGAAAAGCCACAAAGCUUCCAUGAUGAACUAGGACAGAAUGGAGUCACGUAUUUGAACAAUAAUUAUAACACAGACAAGAGGGGUACAGAGAAUGGAGAAGGUGAUCGAGGACUUGAAAUGACCCAUUCGUCGGAAGGCAGAAGCAACGACAGAAGCCAUGCGGUGGAGAAAGCAUGUCAACUUUUGAACCCGAAUGGUUCGUUUGAAUCAUCAGAGAAUUGGUGCGGCUUUGAUUCGGAUGGUGGUGGUAUCAUAUUUGAGUAUCAGCCGUGUAGUAGUUUGCAGGAGCUAAGUUUCUGGGGAUGAGAGGAAUCCAGACUCUACUAAAGAUUAGCUCCCAAUUGUUCGUUCUUAUUACUACUACACUCACUUAGGAACUGGCUAAACUUGAGGGGAUUCCAAGUAUACUAAAGAUUGGCUCCUAAAUAUUGGUCUUAUUACUACCAGGUGGAAGAUUACCAUCUAGAGUUGAUUACCAUGAACUAAUCCGAGAAACUGUCAUCACCUAGUUGAUUUGUAAUUGUUUACUACGUAAAUAAAAUCCUAGUUCCAACAGUCAUGCAUCAGGCAA